CACAGUUGUUGCUUGCGUUGCAAAUUGCACGCCCACGCUGAUCCCAUGGGAAGACUGGAAGCGGCUGCUGUGCGCGUCCUGAAUGGCAAAGCAAAGUAUGUGAUGGCUUUGGCGUGGAUUGGACUGCUGGUGGCUGGCGGCCUCUUUGGACUGCAGUUCUUCGAUGAAACGGCCGAUGAGGACGACAGCCUGCCAAAGUCCUCCCUCGCCUACCAGGCGGAUGCGGCGCUGAGCUUGAUCCCGUUUGGAAACGGUGACGGAGUGGUGCUGAUGGUGGGCAACGACAAGGUCAACAUCACGGAUGAGGAGGCGAUGGCCUUCUUCGACCAGCUGUUCGCACUGGCCCAGCAAAUGUCCCCGCCUUCCUCCCCCUUUGCCCUGCACACCCCGUACAUGUCGUACGUCUACGUGGGCUCUGGAUGGCAGGCGUAUCCAUCACCCAAGCCACACUACCGUUCGCAAGACGGAUCACGCCUCAUGGCCACCGCCACUGUCCUUGGCUGGGGCUCCACUAUCUACACCGUGCGCACAAUCCGCGACGCAUCCAAAUCCAUCCUGCAGCUCCUCCCAGAGGGAUCGCGCGUCUGGUGCAGUGGAGACGACAUUAUCUGGGACAUUAUCCUCGGUGCCCUCGAAAACGACCUCAUCAUCGGCGAUGGCAUCUCAAUCCCAACGGCGCUUGUUGUGCUGUGCUUGACGCUGCGGUCCACGCGAUAUGUGCUGGUGCCGCUCCUCAGCAUCGCCGCCUCCAUCCUCUCAAGCUUCCUGCUGAUGCGACCCGUUGCCAAGAGCAUGGCUGUGUCAGCGGUUGCGCCAAACCUCAUGAUGAGUCUCAGCAUCGCCAUGUCUGUAGACUACGCCCUCUUCGUCUUCAGCAGAUUCAGAGAGGAAAUGCGAGCAGGCAAGUCUGUGCAGGAUGCGUGCACAGCUGUCCUGAGUACCGCUGGCCACACCAUCUUCGUCUCGGGGUUCACAUUCAUUGCGUGUUCCCUCACCCUCCUCUCCGUACCAGUCAAGCUCCUCGCGUCCAUGGGUGUUGCCGCUGCCAUCACGGUGGCGUGCACUGUCGUUGUCAACCUCACACUUGUCCCCACCAUCAUCCUCAUCUUCCCGUCCUUCUUUCGCGAAGCAACAACAGAUCGCGGCUGCUGCUCAUGGAAGAAGGAGCAACGGUAUGUUGUUGCUUCUGCCGCAGCGAAGCAGCACGGCACCAGCAGUCGCUUCAACGACAAUCACGGUGAUGAUGACGACGAUGAUGAUGACAUGCUGCUGCUUGCAGAGGACGAAGACACGCCCCUCACCCGAUCAGCAGGCGCCAACGUCGUGGCUGUUGAUGCGAUUGCUGCGCGCGCCCGCAAGUCCCCCUGGUACCGCUUUGGCAAGCGCGUGACACGUCGCGCGUGGCUGUGCAUCGCCAUCAUCACCGCCCUCGCUGCUGCGGCGUUCUACCCGGCCCUCACCUUCCGCCAUGUCAGCGGCGUCGACUGCGAAUGUCCGCAGAACUACGGCGUCGUCAAAGACUUCUAUGCGGUCUCCAACACGUUUGGCGCCGGAUACAUCCUGCCAUUUGGACUGUUGAUUGAGGCCGCCAACGGGUCACUGCUCACACAGCAGCACUUCAACAACGUCGCCGCCGUCUGCAACCACCUCGCUGCUGCGCUGCCAGAUGUGCACGUGUCCGACUUUGACGGUCUGGCCAUCAACAACGGCGUUCCCGUCAGCUUCACCGAUGAGGUGUCACCAUGCUUCUUUCCCAACGGAACAACGGACGUGCCGUGCUACCAGCAAACGCCGCCUGUGGAGUGCGUGCGCACGUGCUUCAACAAGAAUUACUUCACCACUAAUGACGCGCUUGAUCUCGUGUGGUUGCGGCCGCGGGUGGACGGAUCAUCCGCUCGCGGGCAGAAAUGGAUCCACCGCGCACGUGCGGAGAUUGAAACGCUGCAGGAGCAGCUCGGUGUCCGGAUUAUGCUCGCACGCGGCGGCGUGGAAGACGUGGACAUGAUUGCACACGUGUUUGGGCGCUUCCACGUGGCCAUUGCCAGCGUCGCUGCUGUUGUGUUUGUGCUGAUGCUCCUUGCGUUUCGUUCCGUCGCCAUCGCCCUCAAGGCCGUCCUCUCCAUCGCGCUCACACAGGGACUGGUGUACGGCAUCAGCACGUGCGUGUACGAUUACGGCAUCUUUGCGUUUCUCGGGUGGAACAGUCUUGCUCCGACCGGUGGCCUGUGCUGGAUCCCCUCUAUCCUUGUCUUCACCAUCUUGGUUGGCCUGGGUCUCGACUACCACAUCUUCCUCCUCAGCCGCGUUGUUGAGUUCAGGCGCCUGGGCUUUGACGACGAAGAAAGCGUGCUGCUUGGGCUCGCGCGGACGGGGCGGGUGAUUACGGCUGCUGGCGUGAUUAUGGCCAUUGCCUUCCUCGGUCUGCUCUUCAGCCACGAGGCCCUCGUGCAGCAGUUGGCUUUCUUCAUCGUGAUUGCGGUGUUGAUUGACACGUUUGUGGUGCGCGCGUGCCUUGUCCCCGCCAUGAUGUCUGUGCUGGGGCGAUUCAACUGGUGGCCGCUCACAAUGCCAAAGGUGACGCGUUCACAGCACCUUGAGCCGGGCACGUUUGGAUAUGGCCCCAUCGUGGGCCACGUGGCCUUUGGCGACGAUGACACGGACACGGAUGACGUUGAUGUCGACGAGCGUGGCAGACAAAUGCGUUGAGUCCCCACGCAUGUUGUUAUCUGUGGUGUGUUGCUCCUGGUGCUGUUGCUUGUGACAACGUAUGAUAAGGAGCACACACGUGCUUUCGUUCUGUUUGCACAGACUUGCUUUCCCACCACCAUCUAACGGAAGAAGAGACGAGAAGCGAAGCGGCGAGAAGUGAAGGCCUGAAGGCCAAAGAGUCCCCCGAAUAGUAAACGUGAAUGAACAGA